UAUAAAUAAAGUCCAUGCGCGUGUCCAGGUGUCUUUGAUCAGCCAGUGUUCACCGGACAGACAGACACCAUGAGACUGCUCGCUCUGAUACUGCUGGUUGGAGCUGCUGCGGCAGUGCCCCGUGAGGAUGGUAAGAUCAUUGGUGGCCAGGAGUGUGAACCUCACUCCCGACCCUGGAUGGCCUCCCUCAACUACGGGUACCACUUCUGUGGAGCCGUGCUCAUCAAUGAGCAGUGGGUGCUCUCUGUCGCUCACUGCUGGUACAACCCCUACGCUAUGCAGAUCAUGCUUGGAGAGCACAACCUGCGUGUGUUUGAGGGAACUGAGCAGCUCAUGAAGACUCAAAACAUCAUCUGGCAUCCCAGCUAUGACUACCAGACGCUGGACUAUGACAUGAUGCUGAUCAAGCUGUUCCACCCUGUGGAGAUCACUGAUUAUGUGAAGCCCAUCCCGCUGCCCACCAGCUGCCCAUACGCAGGCCUCCCGUGCUCUGUCUCUGGCUGGGGCAACAUUGCCACUGGAGAGGAGGUAAACAUGCCCGCCCAUCUGCAGUGUCUGGAUGUGCCCAUACUGGAGGAUGAGAAGUGUGAGAUGGCCUACCCUGGCAUGCUCACCCGCAGGAUGGUGUGUGCCGGAUACAUGGACGGAGGCAGAGACGCAUGCAACGGGGACUCUGGCAGUGGUCUAGUGUGUUUGGGUGAGGUUCAUGGCCUGGUGUCCUGGGGUCAGGGCUGUGCCGUGCCCGGAUACCCCGGAGUCUAUGUCAAAGUGUGUGAGUUCCCCUGGAUCGAUGAGACCAUGAAGGCCAACAUGUAACACCACUAGCUGCUUUCCUCCCUGUCUCUCAGACCUCUACUCCUCCAAACUCUUCCUCCCUGUCUCUCAGACCUCCACUCCUCCAAACUCUUCCUCCCUGUCUCUCAGACCUCCACUCCUCCAAACUCUUCCUCUCUCUCUCUCGUUCUCCUCCUAGUUCAAUACUAAAGUGGACUCAGCACAGUGUAAGCAUGUCAAACACAAUAAAGCCUGAAGUUACACUAUC